AUUUGACGAACUGUCAAGUUGACAGUUGUGUAUAAUGGCCGAUAAUGGCAAACACACUCGCGAAGUUUUAACCGUUUUAUUUUUAUGUGUUUUGUGGUACGCGGUUAGCUCCAGUAAUAAUGUCAUCGGCAAAACGUUACUUAACGAAUUUCCGUAUCCGAUGACGAUGACUAUGGUCCAGCUGUUAUCUAUAACGUUAUACAGCGGACCGUUUUUCAAUCUGUAUGGAGUUAGAAAAUACGUGGACAUCGGAUGGCGCUAUUAUUUCAAAUUGGUUAUUCCACUGGCGUUUGGGAAAUUUUUCGCGUCUGUCUUUUCUCACGUUAGCAUUUGGAAGGUACCAGUUUCUUAUGCUCAUACGGUAAAAGCAACGAUGCCACUUUUUACUGUGAUUUUAUCUAGACUUAUAAUGGGGGAGAAGCAAACCUUCAAAGUUUACUUAAGUUUAAUCCCAAUUAUAACGGGAGUAGCAAUAGCAACAGUAACUGAAAUAAGUUUUGAUAUGAUUGGAUUGAUAAGUGCUUUAAUGGCUACAAUGGGAUUUUCCUUACAACACAUUUUUUCCAAAAAAGUGCUUCAUGACACUGGUAUUCAUCAUUUAAGACUAUUACAUGUCUUAGGAAGGUUGGCCUUGUUUUUAUUUUUACCGGUUUGGUGUUUUGUUGAUUUGAGUAGUUUAUUUCAACAUUCAAAUUUGAUUCUUAACAAUUACAAAAUAUUGAGCUUGUUAUUCUUGGAUGGAUUGCUGAAUUGGUUACAAAACAUCAUAGCAUUUACAGUUUUAUCUUUGGUAACACCUUUAACUUACGCCGUUGCUAAUGCCAGCAAAAGAAUUUUCGUAAUUGGUUUGUCAUUAUUUAUUUUGGGAAACCCAGUUACUUUGAGUAAUGUUUUUGGAAUGUUUUUGGCGAUUUUUGGUGUAUUUUACUACAACAAAGCGAAAUACGACGCCAGAAAGGAAACCAAAAAGGAAACUUUGUUGCCAAUGACGCAAAAAGCCUGGCAUGGUAAUGGGACGUUGCUUUAUAAACCUUUAAGCAAUGGUUUUUUAGCGAAUGGCUCGAAUUUAAAAGAUUCUCAAAGUUUUAAAAUUGAGAAAAAUAGUAAUUUAUUAUUUGUUUAGGUAAAUUAAUGAUCUAAUAACUUUUUCUGUAAAUAAAAAAUAGGAAAAUUAUUUAUUUUAACUAUUGUCAGGAAAAAAAGAAAUUAAGAUGA